GUUUAUCUUCGUUUGCGCAUUUUUAAAAUGUCGAAAGAGCCUGAUAAAACUCCUUCUUUAAUCGGCGAUGUGGACUCUUCUCCGUCCUCUCCAUCAAUGUCCGACGAGCAAGGCUCGCAGUCCCAAACCGGUGCCGGUAACCCGGCGAGCAGCGAGGAGGACGCACGCUUCCCCCCGUGCAUUCGAGACGCGGUGUCGCAGGUCCUCAAAGGCUAUGACUGGUCGCUGGUUCCGAUGUCUAUGCAGGGCAGCAGGUCUUUGAAAGACAAGCCUCACGUGAAGAGACCCAUGAACGCGUUUAUGGUGUGGGCGCAGGCGGCGCGGAGGAAGCUCGCGGAUCAGUAUCCGCAUCUCCACAACGCCGAGCUCAGCAAGACCCUCGGGAAGUUAUGGAGGCUGCUCUCUGAGAGCGAGAAACGACCGUUUGUGGAAGAGGCAGAGAGACUGCGACUCCAGCACAAGAAAGACUAUCCGGAUUAUAAGUACCAGCCGCGGAGGCGGAAGAGCCUGAAGCCGGGUCAGAGUGAUGCGGACGCGGGAGCCGAGAAGACCCCUCACCCCUCGGAUCAAAUGUACAAGACGGAAGCGGCUAUGAGAGGGAUGCACCUUCAACCGGCCCAUGGUGGUCAACCACACGGUCCUCCCACGCCUCCAACCACCCCGAAGUCCGAUCAGCAUCAAAGCGUGAAGCUGGAGUCCCGGCACGUGUCGGAAAACGCAAGACACAACAUCGACUUUGGCAUUGUGGACCUCUCGGAGCUCAGCAGCGACGUCAUCGGCGGCAUGGGCCCGUUUGACGUGCAUGAGUUUGACCAGUACCUGCCGGUAAACGGUCACAUGGAGAACACCAGCGGACAGCACUCCGGUCCCGGCUGUCUCAGCGCGUCCUACCACCAUCAUCCUCACAGCAGCGCUUCAGCAUGGAACAAGGGGUCACCAAACCAACAAAGGCCGCUCAUUAAAACAGAACAAUUGAGUCCAUCUCAUUACGGAGACUCUCACGGGUCACCGACCCAAUCUGAACUCACUGACUGUCCCGACCAGCAGAACUCAACGUACUUCACCACAUUUUCUGGGUAUCCCGCCGGCAUUUACCAAUAUCCGUACUUCCAUUCCUCCAGAAGAUCGUAUGUGACUCCUGUUCUCAACAGCUUGUCGAGUCCGUCUCACAGUCCCGGUGCAAGCUGGGAGCAGCCGGUUUACACGACUUUAACACGACCCUGAAGCCAGUUUUUGGGUCAGAGAUGUUUGAUGCUGAGAAUUAUGGAACAUUUGAACAUGCAUACGAAUGCUCCAGACAGCUAUACUUUUUAAUCUUGCCAUUUCAGCGUCUUUUCUGGCAAUUGUGAUUUUCCUAACAGACUUUGGAUUCACUUUUCAAUAUUGAAUGUUUCGGCUUGGAUAAAAGUGUUUGUAUUUUGGAGUGAGAUGCAACAGACUGUCAACAUGCAAUGCGCUAUUUAAACACAAUCAAGGAUUUGUCUUGAUAAUAUGCAAUUAAAAUGUAGAAUGAAUGAAUGUGUGGUACCGUCUGAUGUCUUCAUUGGUGAUGAAGGCCGAGUCUAACUGUCAAACUAGCAGAACAACUUGUGCUUUUGUCGUUAUUUGCGUCCAAAAUGAAGCUGUAUUUGAAUAUCGGAGAGAUGCUAGAUCAACUACAGAGUCUUUACAAAGCCAAGAAACAGUGAGGGAGAGCAGAAAAGAGAGAGGCCUGAUUCUGAAUGACAGCGUCUCAAAGAGCUCUUUGUUUUUAUUAUAAAAGAGGCAUUAAUUAAGGGAGGGAACAAAACAAAUACAAAGCAGAAAAUCAUUACCACUGCCUUUACAUGAAAGAAGAGCAAAAACAGACACUACCCUCUGCUAUUUGGAUAAACAGCAACAAAAGCAGCAGAAAAUGCAUAAAUUGAGUGCAGGAUAAGAGAAUAAGUUCUUCAUGUGUGGAAAAGAGCCAGUGAUUCCACAGCAGAUGGGCGUGGGUGGACUAGGACUUAUUUUCCUUUCACUACGUUUUAUUACAUUGAUGGUUUUGAAGUGGAGAAUGUAAUUAGUGUUGAUAUGUACAGCACGCAUCAUUUUGCUCGCUGACAUUAUUGGGUCUUAAAACUGGACAGUAUGCAGUAAGCACUACAAGAUGAAGUGUAUCUUAUGACUUUGAUUUCUAACACAAUUAUAGCGUACUAUGUUGAGUUGUUGUUAUAUAUAGACCCCGGUUU